AUGGGCGACCACAGGGCCCUUUUGGCAGCCAAGUAUGGGGACGUGACCACUUUACGGCAGCUCCUGGAGGAUGGCAGCUUGGACCAGGGUGUCACCGACGCCCUGGGGGCUGGCCUGGUGCAUCACGCCUCCAGAGCCGGCCAGCUGGAGUGCCUCAAGUUUCUGGUGGAGCGAGUGAAGCUUCCCGGGAAUCAGCGGGCUAAGAACGGGGCCACCCCGGUGCAUGAUGCGGCUGCCAUGGGCAACCUGGCCGAGCUGCACUGGCUGGUCAGAGAAGGGGGCUACAGGGCACAGGAGCAAGACACAUCAGGGGUUUCCCCUCUGCACCUGGCCGCUCGCUUUGGGCACCCCAUGCUGGUGGAGUGGCUGCUCCAGGAGGGCUGUGAUGUCUCCCUGGAGACCCUGGAGGGAGCACUUCCCAUACACUACGCUGCCGUCAAGGGGAACCUGACCUGCCUGAAGCUGCUGGUGGCAGCAGACAACAGGUGUGUGAACAGGCAGACCCAGAGCGGCGCCUCCCCUCUCUACCUGGCCUGCCAGGAAGGCCACUUACACAUCGUCCAGUUCCUGGUGAAGGACUGUGGGGCUGAUGUACACUUACGGGCUCAUGACGGCAUGACGGUGCUGCAUGCAGCUGCCCGCAGUGGCCACUACUCCCUGGUGGUCUGGUUGGUCACGUUCACGGACAUCGGCCUGACGGCCCGAGAUGAGGAGGGGGCUACCGUGCUCCACUUUGCAGCCAGAGGGGGUCACACGCCCAUUCUGGACCGCCUUCUUCUGAUGGGGGCUCAGAUCAUCCGAGACCACUGGGGAGGGACCCCCCUCCACGACGCGGCAGAGAAUGGACAGCUGGAGUGCUGCCAGACCCUGAUUUCCCACCGCGCGGACCCCAGCCUCCAGGACGGGGACGGCUACACGGCGCUGGAUCUGGCCGUCUACAACGGGCACCACGAUUGCUUUCGGUACCUGCUGGAGGCACAGAAGCUGGAGAGGGGCCCCGAGUCAGAUGAAGCAAGGACCCAGCCAUGGCUUUGGCAGGGGGCCGCCUUUAAGCCCGAGAUCGUCGGCUGCAGGGCAGGUGCUAGUCUGUGGUCACGGAGGGCAUUUCCACACCAGAAGUUCCUCAUGGCUGAGAUCGCAGGCCUGCUCUCCCCCAUUCCCUACACAGGGGAGAAGGUCUGGCAGGUUACCAUGAAAUACACCGAGGAUAAAGGCCCCGGGCAGGGGAACAAGAUGGAAUCAGAGGAUGCCACCAAGGACGGCUUUGCCUCACUUCCACUGGAUGAACUGAACCCAUCAGAUAUCGAUGCUCUGGUGCCCACGGAGGAUGAGAACGGCCACCCCAUCCCAGAAUGGAAGCGGCAGGUCAUGGUGCGCAAGCUACAGGCCCGCCUCUGGUCCGAGGAGAUAAUGGAACGGAAGCAUGGGGGCCAGAGCUCUGCCGAGCCGGGGGCCUGGAGGUACUCCCAGAGCCACCAGGCCAUCCUGGGCCCCUACGGAGAGCUGCUGACGGAGGACGACCUGGUGUACCUGGAGAAGCAGAUUGAGCACCUGCAGAUGAGGAGGCGCUGCCAGGAGUACGAGAGUGAGCUGGGGAGGCUGGCAGAGGAGCUGCAGACCCUGCUGCCCGCUCCCAUGGUCAACAUCACGGUCAACAGCCACUUCCUGGGCCCGGAGAAGGCGGCCUCCUGCCCUCGGGCAGCCGUGGAGGAAGGCCAGGCGCUGCCCUACUGGUGCAGCCACAUCUCGGGGAUGGUGAGGAGCCUGUCGCUGCUGCUGAAGGACAUGAAUGGCCCAGCAGGGCCCAAGGAGGCCCCCCAGCUGGGGACCCCCAUCCAGGUAAGGGGGGCUGUCGGGGGCCCCUCGGGGAGCCUGGCGGAGAGGGAGAUCCUGGAGUGUGGUGUGUCGGUGAGAAGCCUCCGGGAUGGCUUCGAGAAGAGGGGCAGGGUGCCCUCCCAGAAGGGCCCGGGGGCCUCCUGGGAAGCCGGCGCCCCCCUCCCCUUCCCCGGGGUACAGAGCGCCACUGGGGCCAGCGAGAGGCAAGCUUCUGGGGAUCCCGAAGAGGCCAGCGACUCGGGCAUCAGCUGCGAGGAGGCGUCCUCCGAGGCGGGUACCUGCCCGGUGCCGGAUUCCUCCAGCCUGAGGAAGGAGCGGAUCGUUAUGCUCUUCCUGAGCCACUGGAAGAAGUCGGCCUACACGCCGGCCCUGAAGACGGCGGCCAGGAAGGACCUGGAGUCGGCCGGGGCCGGCCAUGCCACCGAGCAGCCUCCCCUCGGGGCCCCCGGCAGGUUUGGUCACCUGCUCCAGCAGAGAAACGUCAUCUCCCACCUGCUGGGCCACUGGAAGGACGUCAUCGGUCACGUGCCCGCCCGGCAGCUCCGGCGCCUGAGCCGCCAGCGCGCCACCUACUCCCCCGAGAUGUUCCUGCCCCACGUGGACGGGGCGCCCGUGGACUACCACAGCCUCACGCUGGACCUCUUCAUGCUGGGCUACUUCCAGCUGCUGGAGCUGGAGCUGCCGCCCGACGAGCGCAAGAUGCGCCACCUGCUCUGCUUCGAGGUCUUCGACCACCUGGGCGGCCACGGCUGGGAGACGGUGCGCAGCUUCCACAAGGCCGUCACCGACGAGGUGGAGGCCGGCCGCCGCGCCUGGAAGGACGGCUUCGAGGACAUCAAAGCCCGCUUCUUCGGCGGCUGCGGCGGGGAGAAGCCUGCGCUGGACGCCGAGCCUGUCCGCAAGUCGGGGCUGACCUCCAUCGAGCCGCCUCUGCCCCGGGCCUCGGGCCGGCCCGGCCCCCCGGAGCCCAGGAGGCCCUGCGGCCGCCCCGAGCUCGGAAGCUUCCAGGGUGAAGACAUCUGUGGCUACAUCGGCCGGAGCUUUGCCUUCUGGAAGGAGAAGGAGGCCGAGAUGUUCCAUUUCGGAGACUGA